UGCAUUUAGCACAGAAUUUAUGGUGUUGCGGGCGCUGUUGUUUCUUCUACAUUUCUCGAUGAUUUGGAGUUCACUUUCGUGAUUUAAACCCUGAAAUGAAAUCUCUGCUUUGGAUCGUCAACUGAAUCUCAAUGCAAUGGAGCCUCAUCACAAAGGUCAUCCGAGCCACGGGCGACCAUCCUCUUCACAAGACUACCGCUAUCCUCCUGCGUCCACGCACCACUUUCCUGCCGGUCCUGGCCCGUCCUUUCAACAUGCCUAUGCAGCCAGCUUGAUUGCAGCAGGUCAUCCUGAACAGCAGCAGCAAGCAGCCAUGCUGCAUCAGCGGGAUGUUAUUACCAGGCUACCUCCAAGGAUUGAUAACAGAAUUUACCAGCAAGCGGACUCACUAGCCGUCAUUCCAGGAAACGUGGACCCUCUGGAUCAUCAGCGAUCUGAUGCCUUCAAGAAACAAGCCCUCACGGCCAACCCUUACUUCUACCAUCCCAACUUUGCAGUGGCGUCCUCUGCUGUGGAUCAUCUCCAGUCAUCACUAGGAGUUACCAAAGAGUGCCCACCCAACCUGGUCAUAGGGUCUGCAAUCGCAAUGGACAAUGCACCACUUGACCACAGCCAUAUGGUCAGUAACAUGGACAUGGCUUCAUCUACAUCAUCACCAAGUACCUGUGCAUCAUUGCAGCCACCAAACAACCCUGAGGCUACGGGCGAACCAAGUGCCAAUGUAGAUCCGAUGAUGCGGAAGGAAGCGGUCAUCGCAGGAUCUGUCAAGGAACCUUCUGCAUUCGAAACGGCAGAGCUGCGGCGUCUUAAGUAUGCCCCGAAGGCCAAUUCCCUGAUACAGACCCUCCUGCGUAAGGGAGGCCAACCUCCGGAUGGGCUCAGCUAUGACCAGUACUCGGAGGAUCCCAAUGAUGUCCGUGUCAUUGCUACCAGGUCCAUCGAGCCAGGGCAGGUGUAUGGACCUCUGAAAGGAAACGUGAAGACGUUGGACUGCCUACAUAACACACAGGCUUGGGAGCUAUGCCUGGAUGGAAUGGUGGCCGCUUACAUUGCACCCACACCGAGGAAGGAAUGGAUGGGUUACGUCCGCAACGCUCACUUCCUUGAGGAAUACAACCUUGAGGCAGGUCAGGUCUAUGGACGGAUUCACUUCACGGUGAUCAGAAGGAUCGAACCGGGCGCUGAACUGAAGGUCUUCUACAGUGAUGUUUACAGAGAGAACUGUGGAUUCAUGUAUGACUUGGCUGCCCUGAAUUAUAAUAAAGACACAGACAGCUUUUCCUGCACCAUGUGCAAUGUAAAGAUUGACAACUCCAAGAGCAUGGUGAGACACUACAAGGUUACCCAUCCCGAUGAUGGUCUGCAGGAGGAGAAAGCACUGCCUCUGAAGGUUGCAGAGAGACUGAAGCUGCUGAAUGCACAGUGUAAGCUACCACCGCAGUAUGAAGAAGAGGAGGAGGAAGAAGAAGAUGAAGAGACUCAGGAGGACAACACUGAAGCAACAGAAAAGAACAAUGAUGGACAAGAUCCCACGCCACCGGUUCAGAAGGAACCAUCGACGAAGAAUGUCCAAAGAGUUCAGGUUAACCAUAGUGCUAAGAGGAAAAUACAGGAUGAUGGUGAUUCCCAGCGAUUCAUUUGCCCAACCUGCGGCAAGAACUUCCCCACCCAUGGUCGUUUGGUCAUGCAUGAGUCGUUUCAUGGUGGGGACGAUGAAGCAGACAAUGAUAGUGAGGAAGACGAUCUUGAUGACAAUGGUGCUGAUUACAGAGACGAUGGAGAUGGACUUAAAUGUCCAAUCUGCGGUUUCACUUUUGACAAUGAGCAUAAGUUUAAGGUUCACAAGAAGAAACACAAAACUCAUCGCUUUAUGUGCAAACAGUGUGGGAAUCUAUACACCCGCAAGACCUACAUGUACCGUCAUCAGCGAGAGCUCCAUGGGGGCGUUUACAUACGCGCCCGACGCAACGUCAAUGCAUUCAUGCAGAACUAUACAGCUGGCAAAGCUCCUCAAGAAAAAACCAUCACAGGCAAGGAGUCUGCUAAAAAGAAUGCAGCCAAUCGUUGCAACAUCUGCAACUACGUGGCCAGUUCGCAAGGAUUGCUUGGAGAGCACAUGGCGCAGCAUCGAGACAAACCUUAUGGAUGUGAAAAAUGUGGUUGCAUGUACGCGGGUAGGAGCAAAUUGUACAAACAUCUACGACUGAAGCAUGGUGCCUCGCAGGAACGGUUCCUAACGCCACAGAGGAGAGAGAAUAUUCUGAAGUACCUUGCUGAACAGACUGUACAGGGUAUCCGGUGCAAGGAAUGUGGAUUUACCUGCCGCGAUGAGAAAUCUCUCCAAGAGCACAAACAAACCCACAAGUACCCGAGAAGGGCUAGUGAUCCACAGGCUUUACGUGAUGUUGAAUGCUGUGAAAUGUGUGGUUUUAAGACAGCCGAUGAGGAGCGCUUCACGGAACACAUCAGCAAGCACGUCACUUACCCGCAUGGUUGCAGGAAGUGUGGGAAUACUUACAUGACUAAAAAGUCACUCCUUAGACAUCAUCAGGAGAAGCAUCAGGACCAAUAUCUGGAUAAUAAGGAAAUAGAUCGAAGCAUAGGGCGAAGAGCAACUUUGACACACGCAAGGCACAAGAACGCCUGCCCUAAAUGUGCCUUUUACACUCCACAGAAGGCAGUUCUUCAGAAGCACAUUUCCAAGCAUCGUAGAUUUCCAUAUGGAUGCAUCGAGUGUGGCAUUGUGUACACACGCAAUAGCACCUUACGCAGACACCAAAGAGCAAAGCACUUGCAUCUCUUCAUAGGAGAGGUAGCACAACCAAACAAGGAUGAAAUCUCUGGGCUCCUGGAGAGCGUCACUUCUCCCGAGAAUCUUCAAGUCCAGGGAAACACCUGUCCAAGAUGUGGGUUCCAGACACCGGACAAGAAUUUCCUGACAGACCAUGUCAUCCUGCACCUAACCCACCCUCAUGGUUGCAAUGUGUGUGGCAAUGUUUACACAAAGAGGAAAUUCAUGGUCAGGCACAGACGAGAGAAGCACCCUGAGGCUUUAGUAGGCGAUGGUGACGUUGCGCCCGAGGAAGGUGACAAGGGUAGUGCCUCUGACAUGGGAGGGGUGGAAGAUGGAAGCGAAGAUGAUGGUUCCAUAUCAGGAGAGGAUCAUAGUGGGGAAGGGGACAGAGAGGGUAAUGAUUAUUAUGGGAGGGGUGAUGGGAUAGAUGGGGAGGAGGAGGAAGAAGAGGCAGAGAUGGAAGGAGGAGAGGAAUAUUCAGAUGAAAGUGAAGGUGAAUACGAUGAUGAUGAUGAUAAUGAAGAAGACAUUGAGGAUGAGGUGUAAGGUAUUCAAAACAUACAUCAAGUUUACAUGGCCUAUGUUAGGGCACUUGCUUUUACAGUGAAGGCAUUUUGCCUCAAUCUUAGAUGUUUAUAUACUGCUCUUAAGCACAAAUAUUUUUUUGCUACACAAAUGUUAUGGUUCUAUCAGCAAACAAUGUUCCAAACUAGUGUAGAACACUACAUGAAAGUUAUUUGCAUGUAAAAAGGCAUUUAAGGGUAUCCAGGUAGCGAAAGAUUUUGGCCUUCCCUGAUACUACCCUUCCCCCUUUUAAUAAUUAAGAAUCAGAUAAAAGACAAUGAUUAUUAGAACUACAUACAGUCAAAUCUGUCUGCAGCCACCUAAGGGAAACAUAAAUUAACCUCUGUAAACAGGUUCUUCAACACACAUUUCUUUCUUGAGUGAGACAAAAUGUGUGGCUUGUUUAAAGGUAAAGACCAGUAUUGGAAAUGCCCCAAUUUCAAAAAAUGAAA